GCAUUUGGUCAGCGGUUGGAGCGCUUUUACGCGCGAGAGAAACGGCUUCGUUUGCUCGCGAGUCCGCUUCGUUGAUAAAGGCCGGUGCGUUAAUUGGAAGGAGAAACAGUUCGCUGACAUGCGCGCGGCGCGUCUGACGCACCUGUUCAUUUGAGGAGACGCAGGUGAGGAGCUGAAACCCGCAGUGGGGCCGCUGAGGAUUCACGCAUCGCACUUCUAGUUUGUGUGGCGUGCGGCUGCCGCGAUGAGCAAAACGAAGAACAAAAGUGACAACAAGACGGAAAAGGCCUUGGCCGCGGAGAAGGAGCAGUUUGGUAAACAACAGCUCCACAGCAUCAGCAAAACUCUCACCUCGUCUGAAACACCGCCCAAAGAGAGAUAUGUGCGCAAUAUCAUCAUGGGAACUUACAAGGAGGGUGGGGCCACCACCUUCUGGUCCUACACCCUGAACCUGCCUCUGUCCAGCAACUCCAUGAUCAGCUGGAAGUUCUGCUACCUGCUGCACAAACUGCUCAGGGACGGACACAGAAAUGCGGUCGCGGAUUCUCACCGACACUGUCGCAAUGUGAAGGAUAUGGGCGUUCUCUGGGGAAACUUGCAUGAUCGAUACGGCCACAUUGUCGCCUUGUCAGCCAAAUUCCUCUGCCUCAAAAUGGAAUUCCACGCAAAGCACAAGGUGAUCCCAGGCAACCUGGAGGCCAGUGAUGAGACUUUGGAGAGGGAAGCAGGAAUUGAGAUGAACAAAGUGUUGGACAUGACACAGGAGCUGUUGGAUUGCUUGGACGCUGGGCUGAAGAUGGCUGAGACAGUUCUGCGUCAGCUGGACGCCAACGGGGCCAAAUCCACAACUCCAGCCGGGCAGUGCAGACUGACACCUCUGAUACCCCUCAUACUGGACUGCAGCUUUCUCUACCACUUCUCCGUCCGGCUGAUGUUCAAACUUCACAGCCGCAUUGCUCCAGAUGUUCUUCUCGGACAUCGAGAGCGGUUCCGUGAUCUAUUCAUGAGCCUCUCACAGUUCUUCGACAGAGCCAGAGAAAUGGAGUUCUUUAAAAGCAUCAUCCUGAUCCCAGAUCUCCCAGAUGCUCCUCCAAACUUCCUCCGCGCCGCUGCCUUGGCCGAGUACAAAAAGCCAGUGGUGGUGAUGCCCAACGAGGAGCGUAAUGAGGAGGAGGACGAGGAGCCACAGCCGGAGUUCAGGGAGGCACCGCAGAUGCCACAGUACUAUUUGCUCAGCCAGACGGGAGCACCCGAUGCUUCGCUGGAGCAGAGCGAAACAGAGAAUCAGAGCCUGAGGAGGGAGCUAGAGGUCCUCAAACCAGAGCUACAGCUCAUCAAGAAUGAGGCUCAGAGGUGUGUAAUGGAGUUAAAGGCUCAAGUGAAUCGUUUGGAGGCUGAGGUUGAGGAGCAGCGCAACCACAAGCAGAUGGCAAUAGUGGAAAACGAGUGCCUGCGGAUGGAAGUGGAGGCUUUACGGUGCAACAGUGUCGCCAAUGUCGGGGCGCAGAUUGGACUCAAGGAGGCAGACAGUAGAGCUCAGGCAGCAGAGAUUCGCUUCACUCAACUCAAAGAGAAACACGCGGAGCUGGUUACCGGUCAUGCCGACUUGAUGAAGAAGAACACAGAAACCGUGAAGUUGCUGUCCAGUACAAAACAAGACCAGAACGAUUUGCUGAGAGCCAAAACCCAGCUAGAACGUGAGCUGGAAGAUCUACGACAGGAGAAAAGAAACAUGAUGAAUCGGCAGCAGCAGGAGGCCGAACGCCUGAACAAGGAACUACUGGAGCAACGCGCGGAGCUGGCCCUCCUUCGCAGUGCCCUGGAAAAUAAAGAGAUGGAGGGAUCUCAGGUGAGCGGCAGCCUGGCGGCGCUGCAGGCGGAGCGGGAUGUGCUGCUGCGUUCCGCCAGAGAAAGGGACGCAGAGCUGUCCUCGCUGAGACAACAGGCGCAACAGCAGCUGAGCUCCCUGGACCUGGAGAGAGACAGGAACAACAGAGAGCUGGAGGCGCUCAGAGCCCAGCUACAGCAACAGCUCGCCAUCAACGCAGAGCAGAAGUUCGAGAUCGACAGGCUGAGACGAGAGCUGGACUCAACGCGGGCAGAACUGACACGAGCAAACAGCGCCCUGCAGAGCAAAGAAAUGAGCGGUACCCAGCUGAGCAGCACACUAGCGGGGCUGCAGGCGGAGAGGGAGGCGUUGCUCCGGUCGGUGAGGGGGCAGGAUGCCGAGCUGAACUCCCUCAGACAACAAGCUCAGCUCCACCAGAGCUCCCUGGAGCAGGAGCGGCAGAGGAGCAGCGUGGAGCUGGGAAGCCUGCACGCCCAAUUACAGCAGCAGGCGUGUCGUGAAGGUGAGCUGGCCCAGAAGCUAAAGGACGAGCAGUUCUGUCUGCUGCAGUGCGCUGUGGUGGAGGCCGAGGGCAUCGUACUGGACGCUGUGGCCAAACUGGACGACCCCGUACACGUCCGCUGCAUCACCUCACCUGAUUAUUUGGUGAACCGAGCUGAAAUCACUCUGGGCUCUAUAGACAAAAUGCAGCAGAGCCACUCGGUCUACCUGGGAAACAGGAACGCGUGGACAAAAAGGAAAAACAGAAAUUCUGAUUUGCGUCCAAAGGGGCAGGACGUGCUGAAAGAGGAGCUGGGAAGCAUGGUGGAUAAAGAGAUGAUCGCUACGUCUACCGCCAUCGAGGAGGCCGUGCUGCGAAUGGACGAGAUAAUGAAUCAGGCAAAGAGAGACGCUACUGGUGUUAAGCUGGAGGUCAACCAGAGUAUCCUGGGGUCCUGUUCAGACCUGAUGAAGGCUGUUCAUAUGCUGGUGACAGCCGCCACGGACUUACAAAAAGACAUUGUGGAAGGAGGCAGGGGAGCAGCGUCUGUCACAGAGUUUUAUGCCAAAAACUCUCGCUGGACAGAAGGACUCAUCUCAGCCUCUAAGGCUGUGGGCUGGGGCGCCACACAGCUGCUAGACUCAGCUGACCGGGCGGUGGGCGAGAGCGGAACCUACGAGGAGCUCAUCGCCUGUUCGCACGAGAUCGCCGCCAGCACGGCCCAGCUGGUUGCCGCCUCCAAGGUGAAGGCCGACCGCAACAACAGGAAGCUGUACACGCUGCAGCAGGCCUCGCGACACGUAAAUGACAUGGCCGCCGUGGUCGUCACCUCCACCAAACACGGGCAGCAGCAGAUCUCGGACCACGGUGUAAUGGACUUCUCUGGCCUGUCUCUGAUCAAGCUGAAAAAAGAGGAGAUGGAAGCUCAGGUGAAGGUGCUGCAGCUGGAGAGCCAGCUGGAGCAGGAGCGGGUCCGUCUGGGGGAGCUGAGGAAGAGGCACUACGAGCUGGGCGUCUCCGGGGCCGACGACGACGCCGAGGGCGCGCCCGACGACUUCCCGCCGCCGCCGCCGCCCACGCUGCUCGACUCCACGCCGUUGCCUCAGUCCUUUUCGCAAGCGCAGCCUUACCUGAACACUCAGACCUUUGCACACACCAAUCCGUUCGCUCCGGCUCAAGCGCAACCCUCCCCGCUGCCUCAGUCGUACGCGCCAGCAAACACUUACUCACAGGCCCAAAGCUACACACCCUCGCAGGCCUACACACCCUCGCAGGCCUCGCAGGCCUACACACCCUCGCAGACCUACAUCCCGCCUCAGCCUUUCACACCAGCUCAGCCCUACACACCCAACCCAGCGCAAAGCUACCUAAAACCUCAGUCUUAUUCACUGCCACAGACCCCGUCGCACGCACCCAGCCUCCCGCAGCCUCGGCCUCCCUCUCAGCCCCCGGCGGCCCCUCAGAGCAACGCCGAGACCACCAGACCGGCCUCGAAGAAACCAAACAUCUUUAUCAAAUCUGGGAACUUGCUGAAGAACGCGUUCAAACGAGGUGAAACCGGAACAGGCGAAUCCUGAAGCGCGACUGAAAAAGGAGACGUGAUGAUUUCGCUUCCACAGCCGCUUCCAACUAAAACGUCCUUUUAAUAUGUUGAAAACAUGAAUUUUAUCUCCGGCCAGGUAACAAGCUGGUGUAGAAGCAGCAUACGUGACGCAUGCAGUUUGUGUUUUUUGUAUUAGUGUUUUAUAGCAGCUGCAGUAAAAGUGCAAAUGAAACCAUUAUUAUUUACUGCAUAAGUAUUUUCCCACUUGUCUUUGUGAUCAUAUAUUCUUAUAUUCUCUCACUAAGUGAUAUUGCAUACAAAGGUAAAACGACAAAUUCCUGCUCACUGUCAACACUGAGUCAUUUAUAAAUACAACGUUUCGGACAUGGACGUCAGUCAGGCAACGAAUCAGUGCAUUUGCAAUGAACUCGGUGUCGACAGUGUCCGAGAAUUCAGCUCUUUCUUACGCAUGUUCUCAUUUUCCUGUUCACCUGCCCACCGGGUGUAAGAUACACACCGAGUCUGAUGUUGUACCGAGAAGAAAUGUGUUAAAGAUCAUAAAAGCACCUGAACCCAGCAGCAUUUUCUCCGAUUGUU